AUGGGCUGCAUCGACCUGAAGCAGUCCAAUGGCACCAUCUGCCCAAACCUUGGACAGGCAUUCACGCGGGAGAUUCUAGUGAGGGAGGUGCAAAGGUUCCAUGGGGAGUCAAUAUUGUCAGGCAAGGCCUUUGGGGAGUUGACGCACCCGUGCUACACAUCAAAGUCUUUCUGUUCCCUCAACGCUCCUGCAGUCAGCCACCAGAUCAUGGCGGUGUGGUGGAGAGGCAACCAGCUGCACGGCCUGAUCAGGCUCCUCGACACAGCUUCUGGGCAGCGCGCAGCGCAGCAGCUGGCCGCCGGGCGGCAGCUGGGCGCUUCUCUGCGCAGCUGGACCUCACUGGUGCCUGACGCCAGAUCUGGCGCUCAUGUCAUACAGGAUGACAUGCACCUCAUCACGGUUGCUUUCGUGCCCCGCGUGGAGGUCUCUCAUGAGGCUCCGCCAAAGCCUGGAUCCCACGGCAAGUUGCACUGA